AUGACCGAUCCAGCAUUGUACAGUUUAUAUAUCCGUUGGAUACAUCUUAAUCGUGAGAAAGUCAUCGGGCCAAUGGUCAACUCUGUUCUGAGGACGGCUGUGCAUUUCAACGAUGUCGAGCUCUUCAAAUUCACAAUCCGAAGUUUCAAGAAUCCACAUCCAUCGCUUUUCCUCCAGUUGGCGUGCUCACUUGGCAGUCUCUCCAUUGUACAAUAUCUCCUGGAAAACCAACUGGAAACACUCACAUAUCGCGCAGUCCAACUCGCCUACUUUGCCAAACACAACGAUAUCAUCAAAUAUAUUCGUGAUAAUAUCAAAACCUAUCCACUCGACACUUCCUACCAAUUUUGUAAACCACUGGAGUACACUUGUUACUACCCCAUUGAAAUAUUACAAGCUAGUCUAGAGCACGAUAGUACCAUAUCCACUUCAACAACACCAUCGCCAAUCCCAACUCCAACACUAACGUCCACACCAUCACCAAUUUCAACUCGAUCUACAGACUCAACCAAUGUUGAGAAGGAAAACAAUAGUUCUGAACUUCCCAAUUCCAAUUUAGAUGAUAUUAAUAACUAUAUUGACGAAGCAUAUAAAUCUACAAUAACCAUAUCAACAACAACCACUACUACCACUACAACAACCACAACAUGUUCGACACCACAAACAAACAAUAACAUUGAUGGACAAUUGGAUCCGAUUAUCAAGAUUUUGUCAUCUGCCAAUAUCUUGGAUGCAGAUACUCUACAGGAUAUAUUUGUAAAGGCAUUCGUCAAUGGUGACUCCGAUGUAUUGAAAUAUCUGAUUGAACAUCGUAUCGAAGACAUUAGUAUUAGCAGACAGCUAUGGCAAAUGGUUGCCAAGACCGGUGACUCUGAUCUGUUUGAAUCGAUGGCGAAGCUGCACCAACAAACCAAAGAAGGUCAGACAGCCAAGCUUGGAAUAAAGACACUGGCAACCAGAGUUGCUGUGGAGGCAUGUAUCUGGGGACAGAAAGAUCUCUUGGAGUAUCUAAUUCAUCAACACAAGAUCGAUAUGGAUGCACAGCAAGUCGAGUAUUUCAUCACGUCGGCAACAUUCAAUGGUAACGCCAAUAUCAUUAGAUACCUACUGGCAAGCUUCAAAGUCUCAAAGAAGGUACUGGCCACACUCAUGAAACACGCAACCAACUACAAACAUUUCGAUCUCAUAAGACUGUACCACCACGAAUACAAUGUUCCACUCGAUAAGAAACUUUUAAAGAAUAUCAACUUUUCUGUGGAUUCAUUCAAAAAGAAGAAUAGAUUUAAUAUUAUUUAA